UUCUUUGUUCCAGCUGCUAUUCUGCUCUACCAGCCACAUCACCAGGGCAACAUGGCAUUCACAGGCAAAUAUGAAUUUGAAGGUGAUGAGAACUAUGAUGACUUUGUGACGAAGAUUGGUCUCCCCAGUGACAAGAUUGAAAUGGGAAGGAAUUGCAAAAUAAUCACUGAGGUGGUGCAGAAUGGAAAUGACUUCACCUGGACACAGCAUUUCCCAGGAGGCCGCACCACAACCAACACAUUCACAAUUGGCAAGGAAGCAGACAUGGAAACAAUGGGUGGGAAAAAGUUCAAGGCAACUGUUAAAAUGGAAGAUGGGAAAAUUGUAGCUGAUUUUCCCAACUAUCAUCAUACUGCAGAGAUUUCUGGAGGAAAGCUGGUAGAGAUUUCUACUGCUUCUGGUGCAGUCUACAAAAGGACCAGCAAAAAGAUUGCUUAAGGCAGUAAAGCCAGUCUCUUCCAGUGU